AAGCGAGUGAAAGAGGGAGGGGGCAGUGGUUGAUCUGCCUACACGAGAGAAAUUGUGAGAGAGAGGGAGAGAGAGAGAGGAGCAUUAGAGUAGCGCAUUGAGAGAAUAUCAAAGCAUGCAUAUCCUGGCAGACUUGGAGUCUGGUGGUUCAUCUCUCCUGUAGCUCUCUGUGAACUAAUAGACUGACAUAUGGGACGAUAGUUAGUCUGUAGCAUUCAGACCUUCCAGAGCUCCCUCAGCUCUGUCCUGCGUGGCUGAUAUUACAUAUGGCUUGUCUGAAUGUGGAGACCCCCUCCGUCUGCAGGGACCGAUUCAGAUCAGUCCUUCAGCUGAGGCUACAGCAGAGACGUACCCGUGAGCAGCUGGUAGACCAGGGCAUAAUGCCACCUCUAAAGAGCCCAGCAGCAUUCCAUGAGCAGAUACGUAGCCUGGAGAGAGCCCGGACUGAGAACUUCCUGAAGCACAAGAUUUGCAGCCGACCAGAGAGAUCUGAGCUGGUCAGAAUGCACAUCCUCAAGGAGACUGGGGCAGAGCCCUCCUUGCAGGCCACCCAGAUGAAGCUGAAGAGGGCCAGGCUGGCUGACGACCUGAAUGAGAAGCUGGCUCAGCGCCCCGGUCCCAUGGAACUGGUAGAAAAGAACAUUCUGCCUGUAGAACCCAGCAUCAAGGAGGCCAUCAUUGUAAACUACCCCAAAGCACUGGACGCCUACGGGUUUGAGGAGGACAGCGGGGAUGCCCCGUCUCCAGAGCAGCCGGCCAGCCACGAGUCCCAGGCCGCCGCACCCUCCCUUGUGGAACUCCGGGCCCUGGAGACCCCCUGUCCAUCACCGCUGCCCACCAUAACCAACAACCAUACCAUCCUACAGCCCUUCCCUGUUGUCACCCAGUCAACAGCAGACUUCCUCAAAGCUCUCUCCACCAAUGAGCCACCAGUUAGUCGCCCAGCUCCCGCACCUCAGCCAAUCACCACUGUUGCUUCUCAAAAGCCAGGGCCCACCCUAGUGAAACAGAGCCAGCCCAGGCAGCCCGGGGAGAGGAAUCACAGUAAGAAGGGCAAGGAGCCCAAGCCCCGGAUCAAGAAGUUAAAGUACCACCAGUACGUCCCCCAGGACCAGAAACAGGAGGCCAGCGAAGCCCCCAUGGACUCAUCUUACGCCAAGAUCCUCCACCAGCAGCAGCUGUUCCUCCAGCUGCAGAUCCUCCACCAGCAGCAGCAGCACUAUAACUACCACACCAUCCUCCCAGCACCCUUAAAGCCUGUAGCUGAGGGUCAGAGCAGCACUGUGAACGGUCUGCCAACCUCUAUAGUGGUGUCCCUGCCGCCUGCUGUCACUGUCCCGCCUCCCACCCCUGUCCGCCCAAACAGCCUAUCCAACCGCAAGCCUGGCCACCUGCCCCCCAACCUGGAGGACAUGAAGGUGGCCGAGUUGAAACUGGAGCUGAAGUGCCGAAGCCUCCCUGUGUCAGGGACCAAGACUGAUCUCAUUGAGAGGCUGAGGCCUUACCAGGAGAGCACCAGCACCCCAGCUCUGACCCCCGGCCCGAACACCCUUCCAUCCUCAGUCCCCACGGAGGUCAGCUCAUCCCCCACACUUUUCCUAGCUGCCCAUCAGUUGGCACCAGAGAGCAUGAGCUCCACACCCCCAGUAUCCCCAAUCCCCACAUACCUCUCCACCUUUAGAGACAACAGAGGGGUGUCCGAUCUAUUUUGCGACCCCCAGAGGGUUAGUCCCGGUCGUGCAGGCGUGGGGAUGUCCCCCCUGAGGCCGGGUGUCCCGGAGGAGAAUGACCCGCGGCUCCAUGAGAAGGAGCGUCAAAUCAAGGAGCUGAUGAGGAAGCUGGAGCAGGAGCAGAGGCUCGUGGAGGAGCUGAAGAUGCAGCUGGAGGUGGAGAAGACCCAGCUUCUAGAGGGACCCUCUACAGACCCUGUCCCCAUGAUCCAGAUCUCCAAGGUCAAACUGGAAGACAGGGUCCUCCCUAACUGCUCAGCCAUGGUUACUGCAAACAUGGCUCUACAGACUCACCCUCACUCUCUUUCCACUGUGGUGAAGCUGGAGGAUGUGCUCUGCAACUCCCAGCCCCCGCACCAGCCCUACCUCACCCCCACCCUGCCCCAGUUCUUUAUCAGCCACCAGGGGGCAGUGUCCCAGGUUGUAGGUCAGCCUGGCACCCAGACCCUGCCUGUCCUCCAGGCUACGAUAUCAAAUCAAGCCCCAGGCCUGAUCCAGGCCUCAGUGCCCCAGGUACACACCACCAAGAUGGAGACUCUGCAAGCCUCAACUCAACAGCAGAUACUUAAUCAUAACCACAUGCUGCAGACUUUCACAGCGUGCAACGGCCCUGGCUCUGGGAUGGUGGAGAACCAGACAGGGCCUGACAUGCAUCCCCAGUGUUUCCUGAGAAGCUCCCCAGAUAACAGACUCUCUCCCCGGGGGGCUUCACCCAACCCCAUCCUCUCCAAUAGGCCUGUCAACAAGUCUCCAUCCCAGCCCAGCUUCAUCCUCCAGCCCUCCUCCCUCGUGACCCAGCCCCCCAUGACCAGGGAGCCCCCUCGCUACGAGGAUGCAGUCAUACAGACACGCAACCUAAAGCAGGCCAACAACCUCACACAGGUUUCCACGGCAAAUAGCCAGCAGAUGGACGACCUAUUUGACAUCCUGAUUCAGAGUGGAGAGAUCACUCCUUUCAUCCAGCAGCCGGACCUUCUGUCUCUCAGCACCAAGACUGUUCCUGUCACAGCCAACAUCACUACCCUCCCUGUCAACACCGCCCUGUCCAGGCCUCCUCCACAGAUCCAGGUUGCUCCCCCUCCCAUCUCGCCCGUCGACCCCCUCCAUCUCCCAAGCCUGGCCUCCAUGACCUCAGACAAGCUGUUGGAGGCCUUCCUUGAGGGAACCCUGAACGAUCUGUCCCCAACCACGGACCCCCGCACCCUGGGUCUGAUCGAGGAUCUGCAGUCCCAGCUUCUGGAUCAACCCUACUCCCCCAUGGACACCUCGGAGCUGUCCUUCUGCGACUCCAUGUCUCCCCCCUCCUCCCUCAAUAUGGGCAUGUCUGACACAGCCCUGGACAACAUGGAGUGGCUGGACCUAACCAUGCCGCCCGGCCCCGCGGGGGGGCUUACACCACUGGGGAUUCCUUCAGACUUCCUGGAUACACACGACCUGCAGCUGCAUUGGGACUGAUGGAGAGAUGGCUGAGGACAAGGAUGGAGUGGAAAGGAGGAAAAGGAUGGAGGGACCAAGAGAAGAGGAGGAUAGCAGUGGUUGAGGAAAUGAAAAAGGAUGGAGGGACCAAGAGAAGAGGAGGAUAGCAGUGGUUGAGGAAAUGAAAAAGGAUAGAGGCACUCAACAUAAGAAAUCCGGACUUGGUUAGUCAGGUUAUAGUCCUGGUGCAUUUUAAAACUUUAUUUUUUAAUACAAAAUUGUCUUGUUUAUUUUUUGCUACCAUGUCCUAGGAUUGGCCAGCCGGUGAUGGGGGCAUUGGGUGUUGCUUAAUAGAGUAGUUGGGCCAGAGCCAAAUGAACAAGGAUGCCGACAUUAUGGAAAUAUCCUGUAAAUGAUGGAGAUAUUUCAAUCAGAACAAGGUUAGAUGUUCCCUCAGCCCUCCUGGAGUUUUCAUUGGGUUGAACUCCUGACAACUCCUGACAGUCAGCCUGUAAGGCGGUCAGCUUGCCUUGCAGUGAACACGUGGAUGUGUUAACUUAUGACUGAUGUGAAACGCAUGCUAUUACAGGGUCUUCAUCUACAGCCAUUUCUCUGUGGACGCAUGCUGUUUGGUUAUUACAGAUCUGUUGUACACAAGCCACGACAGACAGCAUAACUGACAGAUGUAAACCUGACAGAGUACAAGGCUGUGUUUAACACUGGUCUUUUAUUGCAACAUACCUAUAUUUGGGGUUUCUGACCCUUCUGAUACAUAUUGUAUUGGUUGAGACAGUUGGACUAUUUUAAGCAAUGAACUGAACUGACGACGAGAACAAAAUCACUCCUAUUGGACAAGGAGGAGUAGUCUCCUCCCACUAUGAGCUAUGCACUAAGGAGGCGGGCCUUACAUCGCCUUCAUCUCACAAGGAAAUGUGAAUCACAGAUAAUGAUUUUGUAGAUUUAAUGGUUUAUUGAAACAAUGUUGAUCCACUUGUUGGUUAUCUCAGUGUACUAGCGCCUUCAGUUCAAGUCUAAGUUGAUCCAUCUGAAUGUAAAUGGAGACUUUACAUUGUUGGCAGCUUUAUCUUCUGAAAGACAACUGAUGUAUCAGUGGAGAGGGACCAAAUAUGGUAUCACACAGCUACACUACAUACAGGUUAAUGUGUGUACUUACUAUAUGCUAGCCUGGUUCCAUUUCUGUUUGUGCUCUUGCCAACUCUGUUACUCAUUGUCAAGCCAGAUAUGUUUGGCAUAGCAAUGAGUGACAAGAAGUUGGCAUGAUAGCCUGAGUGCCAGUCUUUUUGUGCCAACUGUAUUCUUCCGUGUUUGACAUGUUUUAAUGUGGCUGCAUGACCUCUGGAGAACAGAGGUGUUAUACUUUUCUGUCUGUCCUGAAUUCUGUCUGUCAACUCUCUGCACUUUGUCUCUGUGUGUCAGUGGUUCUGUCUCUGUGUGAGAAAGUAUGCAUGUGUCUAGAGCUAGGCGAAAUGGCCUAAAACCAGGGGCGCAACUUUGGUUUUAGAAGUGGGGGGGACAUAAUAAUUACUAUUAAUUAUAUAUUUUUUUAAUCCAGUCGAAUAAUCACAUUCAAAUGAUAAAACGGAGGGACAAAAAAGCAAUUUCAGAAUGUGGGGGAGACAUGUCUCCCCCAUCCCCAGUGAAAGUUGCGCCCCUGCCUAAAACUAAUUUCUAUUAUUUUUCAAACUUAUGGCCCAAUAUAUAUCAAAACACAUUUUUAUGUUUUCUCUAAGCUUUGUUGUACAAUUACAUGUCAUAUACACUACAUUUAAAACAGUUACCAAUAGUCUAAUCAAUUCAGAGCUUGGUAAAUUAUACAGAGGCUGAACAUAUGCCUCCCACAAACAUGAGACCCACUAAUAUUUACAUUAUUUUAUCAAAAUAGUUGUACUUGCUUUUAUUGCAAUUAUCACUGAUCUGGAUUUCAGGUCUGUCUAUAAAAAGGCACUUUUUGUUACAAAUGUAACCAUAACCAUGCAUAAUGCACAUUCACUAAUCAUGUAGCAGGCAUUAUAGAAAAUGAUUCUAUUGGACUAAAAUGCUGCUAGCGUUACCGUAAUGCGUGCGACAAACUGAGCAUACAUUUUCCAGAAUGAAUGUUCAUUGUUACAUCUGUUUUAGAAGUGUCUUCUCUGCACGAAAUUUGAAGAGUUGAAACGGUUCGAAAGGUUUACAACUUCUCUAUUACAGUAAAAUAGUAUCUCCAUGUGUUUCAGUGUCCAUAUGACUGAUUUAUGUUGGACCAAACCUCAAAUGCAAAUAACGAGUUGAAACCAUUUGACAGAGAGGAAGAAGUGAUAUCUCAUCGUUGUUGUUGUGAGUGGUGGCGGGAGGUCCUUGGGAGAAAGAGGUGAAGCGAGAGGCUUCACUCUCGCCAAAAUCUAUCCAAAAUAAGCGCAAUGCAUUUCUAUGCGCUUAUUUUGAACCUGAGCUUGUCGCCUGCCUUCCCGCUUUUGUGACAACGACUCCCAUUGUUAGGGCUGAGACAUGAUGAUCUCUUCAUUAUAUACAGAUCUCUGGUGUAAAUGGGAAGGAGCGAACGAGACGAGAUCAAAAAGACAACAUGAGAACAAGCGGACAUAAAUGCUCAUAAAAAUGAAAAAUAAAACUUGAUUUAACUCGAAUUAAUGUUAAAAACAAGAAUUCGAUAUAUCGCCCAGCCCUAUAUGUCUGUCUAUAAGUAAGAGUCCCUUAUGUCUGUGUGUCUGCAUGUGUGUCAGGGUGUCUUCUUGAAUGCACGUUUUAAUAAGUGUCUGAUAUCGGGCUAUAUUUGUCUCUGUCGCUGAGUUGGCUGCAACUCAUUUGAGUCCUCUUCAUUUCUAUGAAGUUGGACGUUCAUCAGACAGCACUAUCUUUGCCAAGUGAGCACAUUUUACAGGCUGAGAUUUUAAAAGGUUUGGCUCACAGAAUAGCUUUUCUCUGACUGUUCCAUCUGUCCUGUUUGGUUAUAUGGUCAAAACGCAUACAGACACCCCCAGUGGUGUGCCCAGCAUACAGGCUCAACUACAAGGGACUACGCUGUAGCUUCUGGCAUAGCUACCAUUUUGUGGAUGAAUUCUACCAUGAAUAUGAUGAUUAUAUGUAUGAAACAUUGAAACUAGGGUUGUGUAGUUCUUCUACCUGGCAUAUUAUGCCAAACGAGUUACGAAUAUUCAGUAUCUCAAUCCAAAUAUUAUUCUGAUCAAUAUUGUAUAGAAUUAAUACGGUUGUCCUGUACAGCACUUUAGAAUACCAUGGCUUUUAUUUUUCUGUCAUUGUUCGAACAAUCAUUCUUAUCCAACAAGUCAGACAUUAAUAAUCACCUCUGGGCAGGUAAUAAUGCCAAAUACUGUACACACGGUCUCUGGCCAUUGGGAACCAAAUAUUCGUAACGGUGGUUUAGAGCUAGUAAGGAAUUAUUUGUUUUUCAAUUGUUCAAUUGUUGCCUAACAUCAGUUAAUAUCUACUGUUGACCAACAAAAAUUAUCGUAUUUCUAAAAUGUUACAAAAUCAUUCAAAAAUAUACGUAAGAGGAAUAUUACUGUAAAUUACUGUAAAGAUUACUGGCCAAUUGUGCGCCGCCCUAUGGGACUCCCGAUCACGGCCGGUUGUGACACAGCCUGGGAACGAACCAGGGUCUGUAGUGACGCCUCUAGCACUGAGAUGCAGUGCCUUAGACCAGUUGGUGCAUUUUUUUUAUUUUGUCAGUACUUUAUAGAACGAGAUGUCAGAGUACAGCAGAUUUGUCUUCAGCACCUGUCAUAUCAACAUGUUGAUCAUUGCAAGCAAAUAUUGAUUUGGGCCUACCUAAUUCUGUGUUUUCUGUACUGUACUGUCUCGCAUUCAACCGCUGUUCUUUGUCUGAAUUGUUGUAACUAGUAAGACAUCUGCCAAGUCUCUGUCAUCCUCUGUAUGCCAUACAUACAUUUUGCACAUUGUGUACAUAUUUAUAUAGAUGUCAUGCAUAUUUUUAUACAUGUGUAGCACAGCCAUGUGCUAUUUUGUAAAUAAUAUGAAACAAUAUGUUUAUAUAUGUACUGUAUGCUUUUAGGCGUCAAUAAAACGUGGU